AUGUCUUCAGAAGAGAACAGUACAUCAACAGAUGCAACAUCAUCAACACCAACCUACUGCUUUGAAGUAACACACUCAAAGAAUGUAUUUACAGUGGAACUGAGUGGAGAUUCUACUUUAAAACAACUAAAGGAAGAAAUUCAAAAAAAGACUCAAGUUCCGAUUGGUCUGCAGAAAUUAUUAUUCAAAACCAAGGAAAAGCCAAAUUUAAAGGAUGACGGAGCAAAGAUCAAAGAUUUAGGAUUGGUUCAUGCUCCAAAAUUUAAAAUAUUAUUGAUGGGAUCAACAUUGGAGCAAAUUAUUGAAGCCUCUUCAAGUAAGCCAAAGAGAACCACCUCCUCGUCACAAUCCAAUGAACCAUCAUCCCCAGUCACUUUGAAAAUUUCUCAAUUACCAGAACACAAAAAAUAUAUUGACAAGGGUGUUCCUGAACAUGCUGAAAAAGGAGACAAAAGCAAGGAUCUUGCAGUCACACAACCAAUUAAUGGCAUUUUGAAUAAUAGAGGUGAAGAGAUUAGAUUCACAUUCAAACAAGAUUUACGUGAAUUGUGGAUUCAAUCCAAGUCGAACACUGAAAAGAUUCCUUACGCUGCAAUUAGAUAUAUUGAUACUGAGCCCAUUCACUCGAAUGCAGAUUAUCAUAUUAUGGGAUUCCAAAUCGGUCAAUCAACCACCAAUAAGCUUUGGUUCUACUAUGUGCCUGCACAAUAUGUGCGAUGGAUCAAAUACACCAUUUCUGGGCUAAAUGACUUUCCUUUCUUCAACUAG